UGUACGUCUCGGUGAGCCAUGGAGGACCAGCUCCUGGGGGAUGACGCGCUGCUCUGGAAGCUCCGGGACAGCCGCCGCCGCUUCCAGAGGCACAUGCAGCGACUGAUAGAAAAGUACGACCAGCCCUUCGAGGAUGCCCCGCUGGUGCAGAUGUCCACGCUGACCUAUGAGACACCCCAGGGAUUGAGAAUUUGGGGCGGAGGACUAGUAAAGGAGAGAAACAAAGGACACAUCCAGGACUCCCUGGUGGAGACGGUCGGCAGGAGUGGUGGCAGCCCCACGGAAGCGAGCGCCAGCGGUCCGGCACCUCCAGUGCCCGGCACACGGGUCCUGGCAGUGGAUUCAAAAAGCAAUGAUGAUACAUCUUUAUAUCAGGAAGAUGUGGUUGCUGGGUCCUUCAUGCCUGCAGUGCCUUGGAGCCCUUUGAAAAAUGAGUUAAGGAGGAAAUACUUGACCCAAGUGGAUGCACUGCUCCAGGAUGAAGGGUGUUCAGAGUGUACUGAUGACGGAGAUGGAGAGGACACCCGUGUGACACUGACCCCUUCCUUGGCCUCGCCUGCCAGGCCUACCCAUGGAAGCCGUGGCCGUGUGCCUGGAAGGAGUCCUGGCGGCCCAGUCAAGCCGGCUUCAUGUCCCAGAGAGUGUGAUCCUUCACGCCCCUGCUCGGCAGACCUGGCCAUCAUGCCGAGGAGCGACAGUCUCUCGUUACGUGGGGCCAGGGGGAACAGCUCCUCAAGCAGCCCAGCCUUCGAGGCCGACAACAUCUGUGAUGUGACCAUCAGUGACCUGUACGCAGGCAUGCUGCACUCGAUGAGCCGGCUGCUGAGCACAAAGCCGUCGUGCAUCAUCUCCACCAAGACAUCGUUCAUCGCUCACAGCAGGAGUUCCAGAAGGAGGCAUAAGUAUAAGAACAGAAUGAACAGGACGCACUGCCAAGGAGGUGGGCCCUCUCGAAGGGGUUCCCAGGAGACACCCCCCCCCUGUUCUGAGCCACUGAGGGACGGGGAAGUGUUAAGAGAUCGCGAGAACUUACUAGAUGCUUCUGACUGGAAGGCAGGUUUAAAAUUGGAAAAAGCUUUCCCUGAAGUAAACAAACCCGAAAUCCACGAAUUAGAGCCAAGUUGGAAGGAGCUUAAGGGGUUGCAGAGUUUAAUGCCCCGGAGGUGUUCUUCGUUGACGUAUGGAGGAGCCAGUGCGAUGCAUCAUCGUGGUCAGGAAAAUAGACUUAUGGCACUAAAAUGGUUAAUUUCUCCUGUAAAAAUCAUUUCCAGACCCAGAAUACUGCCAGGCAAGGGAGGGAAUCGUUACAGGGAAAUUGAAAUCAAAUUUGAUAAGCUUCAUCAGGAAUAUUGCCCACGUCCCGGGAAGGAGCCCUGCCUGACCUGCCUCCCGGGACCCUCGGCUGUGGCCGUGUACAGGGGCGGUCCAGCGAGCUUCGACGCCCGCGGGCUCAGCAGACCUUUCGGCAGAGCAGAAGCUAGGAGGUUCCAUGAGGCUUUUGAAGACCUGGGUGAACGAGCUAUUGGAGCGGCGAGAUGCCUGCCGAAGAGGGGUGCCCCUCCCUUGCUUUCAGAGACCAGCUCCGUGCAGAGCCCAGGCUGCUCGGAGCAGACACUUGACCUCCUUUUUCCAGGAAACGAUCUUGGAACACUUGGAAAGUCCAUAUCACCCAGCAAAGCUACUUCUGUAGCAGGCGGACAGCCUCUGCACUGUGGAAGGAAUCGUUACAAUGCAAUAAAGGAAAAAUUUGACAAGUUCUAUCAACAGUAUUGCCAACAGUCACUGCAGUGGACACGGGCCCCUUUACGUAGCGGAACAUCUCCAGACAGAGCAAGUGUGCAAGUUCAGUAUCCCAAAGGAGGCACCUUGGAAAAAUCAAACCCAGACUCUGUCUUCCAGGGUCCCCCAAAGCUGUCAGCAUCACCCCAGUGGAGCGUAGAAAGUCCACUGAGCUCGACCACACUUGAGGCCCAACCGUCUAUGCGCUUUGGGCUCACUGCCAGGAGGGGCCGCCAGUCCCCUCUGAAGAGACGCCGAUUAUCAGAUUCCCUGCUGUACGGACAGUGGGCCAACUCCCAGGAUCCACCAUGUGUGCUGGGCCGAGCCAUCGAGCAGCCAGCUCCCAACAGCCCCCCUGGGAAAAGAAGAUUUGCAGCCACGUCAAGCCACCUGCUGGCCCGACCCCUGGAGCUCAGCGGGGUCACUCCCCCACCCUCUUCCGCCUCAGCUGUGCCCGACGCACCCCUCCCGCCUUCGGAGAUCUACCUUCUCAAUGCCUGGCAGCCUCCUCUCCUUCACCUGCCCGGCGAGGGCGCGGGGAGCAGGGUGGGCCCGCCAAGGUCACAGCCGUGAGUCAUGCCUUGUGCCAGGCAGUGGAGCACCCGGAGGAGAAUUCAGCCCUCUGUGGGGCCCUGCCGGCUCCCCUGGAAUUUGAUGUCAUGAUGGCUGCCCCCUGGAGGGUUUUGUCUUAAAACUGUGAUAUAAACAUACUCAACCAUUUUCCACAUUUUUCUUCUUUUUCUACUUAAACUAUAAAUGUCUUGAGGAAAGGGACCAAAUCUUCAUGAGCUGUGACUACAGAAGGAAUGUUAAUGGCUGAUGUCUGGGUCCCAGGCCGUGUAGAACCUUCUCACGCCCUCCUUCCUUAAUCCCCACACGAACGCUUUGAUGAGAUAGGUCUCA